AAUAAAGCACUCCACCGUGCAGACCCUAUGACCACCUCGUUCAUCCCCUCCUGCACCAAAGCACCACGCAUCAAGUAUGUUUUUUAAAGGAAUCAAAGGACCGAAUCCUGCAGAUCUGCAAGGCAGCGAUCUGAACGUGUUAAUCGUGCAUGCACGCUGGAACAUGGAUGCUAUCGAGCCGCUUGUGAACGGCGCCAUCGACAGCAUGGUGAAAAAGCACAAUGUUCCUCGCGAGAACAUCGACGUUCGUAGCGUCCCCGGCAGUUGGGAAUUGCCGAUCGGUAUUUCGAUGGCUCUCAAGACCGGCAAAAAGUACGACGCCGUGAUCGCCAUUGGUGUGCUGAUCAAGGGAUCCACCAUGCAUUUCGAGUAUAUCGCCGACGCUACGUCACACGGUCUCAUGCGCGUCGGACUCGACACCGGUGUCCCAGUCAUUCUUGGUCUGCUCACGGUGUUGAACGACGAGCAAGCCUUAGAACGCGCUGGUUUCAAUGGUGGCCAUAACCACGGUCUCGACUGGGGUUCUGCUGCCGUAGAAAUGGGUCUUCAACGUCGUAACGAACUUUAAGGCGGAUAUUCAUCAACCACCGCGUUACGCGUUUUCAUGCAACCUUAUUUUUCGCGUCGCCGAAGCGUCGCGCGUUGCACGCGUUAGAAAGCUUAAAAACGCGUAUUCUUAUGAAACAAACGUUGCUGGUUGUAGAAGCUCUUUCAGUAGAGUUUUUCAAGUGUGAAUUUUUUGUUCUCUCAUGGAUAUAUCAUUCAUUCUCCCGUUUGCAAAUCUCUGUAAUCAUGAAGCGUUUCAGUUUGGAAAUGGGUCCGCAAUGUUCAAUGGCGACGGUGUCGCCCACCUUUGCGUUCAUCGUGUCAUGUACGAGGUAAUUUUUACGAACUUUGACGGUUUUAUGAAUCUUGGGAUGAAGCUUGAGCUUGGUGACUUGCACCUUGGCCGUGUU